CCUGGAGACGUGAGGUAGUGACGCGUUACGUCCGCGCCCGCAGGGUGACCAGUUCCCGGCGCUCUCAUGGGGAAGAAAACGCGGGGCCUCUCAGGUCGGAGACCAAUCCUGCAGCUAUCGCCGCCGGGACCCCGGGCCGCCACUCGGGAGGAGGCCGGCUCUGGCUCAGAGGCGGAUGAUGUAGAUUCCCAGAAAGUACCACCACCACCCACAGCAGGGAUGAUCACAGAAAUACAGGCUGCAGUGGUGAAGCCUACAGGUGGUCUCUGUUUGCUCGGCGCCUAUACAGACAGCGAUGAUGAGGAUGGGGACUCCUCCGAGAAACCCACUCCCACACCUGUCAGGAAAGGAAACACUUCUGCAGACAUUGACAGUACACUGGCCAAUUUCCUUGCUGAGAUUGAUGCCAUUACUGCACCUCUCCCAGCGGAAGACGAAGCCACAGCUGCCUCCACCGCUCCCCCGCCAACCCCACCAAGACCAGAUCCUAAGGAUCCCCACGGAGUGACUUCUCUUACACAUAAUGGCACAGGUCCGAAUGCUGCGGAGGAUAUGUGGCAUUACGAUACGCAGUGUUCUCUGGCUGGAGUCGGUGUUGAGAUGGGAGACUGGCAGGAAGUGUGGGAUGAAAACACCGGCUGUUAUUACUACUGGAACACGGAGACCAAUGAAGUGACCUGGGAGCUUCCUCAGUGUCUGGCUUCCCAGGUUCAGGGUGCUCAAAGAUAUACAAACAGCACUGAGGCUUCGGAGCUGGUGUGUGCGGUGACGGCAGAUCCUCUUCCAGAGGUGAAGGAGGAGGCCCCAGACUCCAGUCUCUGCAGCUUGCCGCUGCUUGCAAAGAGAGAAAUAAAGAAGGAAGUGAAUGAAGCAAUUCAGGCCCUUUCCCACAAGGAAGAGGAAAAAGUGGGCGUCGCUGCAUCGCUUCUGGCUCCGCUGUUACCGGAGUCGGUGAAAGAGCAGGAGGAACGCUGGCGGAGGAGAGUCAUCUGCAAAGAGGAUGUGGUGGAAGCUGCCUCUGAGGACGAGGAGGACAUGGCUGCUGUUUGUACAGAUAGUGAGAUGGCUACGGAUGAGCAGGCACCGGAUGACUUAUGCAGCACCGUCCAGUCUGGAGAGAGCGAAGAGGAGAUGGAGGAGCCAGAUACCCUGGAGCUGGAGAGGGUGCUGGAGAGGAAGAAAGCUGAACUGCGAGCGUUGGAGGAGGGAGAUGUGAGCGUGUCUGGGUCAAGUCCACGCUCUGACUUCAGCCAGGCCGAUGAGGCUCAGAAAGCCAAACCUAUCGUCAGCAAGUGGAAGGUGUUCGUUCCAACUGCCAGCCCCGAGUCCACUAGCCGCAGCUCCACCAAAACUGGGAGAGAGACGCCCGAAACAGAAAUGGGAGCAGAAGCUGCUGAGUGUCCAGUUCCUGCAAAGGAGCCAGAGCACGAAGACCUGCCCGUGAAAUUACUUCCAAAACCAGUGGUGGACGAGGAAAACGAUGAUCUGAAGUUUCAGAUUGGAGAACUGGCUAACAGUCUGAUAAGUAAACUGGAAUUUUUGGGUAUUAACAGACAGUCCGUGUCUAACUUCCACGUACUGCUGUUUCAAACUGAGACACGUAUCUCAGAUUGGCGGGAAGGGGCACUCAGCGGGAGCUAUCUGAAACGCAAACUGCAAGACGCAUCAGAACAAAUAAAACAAUAUGAAAUUAACGCCACUCCUAAAGGCUGGUCCUGCCACUGGGACAGGGAUCAUAGACGUUAUUUCUAUGUUAACGAAAUCUCAGGCGAGUCGCAGUGGGAGUUUCCUGAUGUGGAGGAGGAUGAAGGGGCAGUGGCACCCCAAAAUAAACCUGACACAGCCUUUAGAGUGGCUGAAAAGGAGAGAUUCGAUAGUGCCCCAGCUCCUCCUCCCGAACCGCCAACAACUUUUCCAGAUUCCAUCGCUAAUAAACCUUCAGUUGCAGCUACUGUUCCAGUGUCUCAUUACUGGGACUUUGUGCAGCCACCUCUGCCUUUAGAAGUGCCUCUUCCACCACCCCCUCCCCCUCCAGAUUCUCCCCCUCCUCCUCCACCUCCUCCCUCCCCACCUCCCCCUCCUCCUCCUCCUCCCAUUGAGGAUGGAGAAAUAGAAGAGGUCGAAAUGGAAGAAGAUGACGAUACUGAGGAGCCACCUGUUCCAGGAACAGAAGAUAUGGUUAUGAAGUCCCUGAGCUCUGAACCUCCAGCCUCCAAGGCAAAAGUGGAACCUCCUGCACCAGGGAAGGUCACAAAGAGGAAGGCGGCUACAGAUGUGUUUGGAGAGCAGUCUAUCACCAUAGGAAGUUGUCCAGUUCUCUACACUCAGCAGUCGAUAUCAGCAGCUCCUGCAUUGCAAGCAAUGAGUGUACCAACUAAUUACAUAGGGCUUCCCCUCCAAGUUCCUUCUCCAGUAGUGAUGAGCAGUUUGGACUAUGCCAUUCCAAGCAGUACUAUGGUGCCAGCCAUGCCACUUGUGUUACCACACACUUCUCUGCCCACACCUACAGUCCUGGAACAGCAAGUUCCAUCAUCGCAAACUCAGCCAUCUGCAAGCAAACCACAACCCACAGAGAAGCUUAAGAAGGCCAAAAAACUAAAGGUAAAAAAGAAUAAGGUAAAGAUGCCUUCUCUAGUCCAAAAAUGGCAGAACAUCCAGAAGGAAUUGGACGAGGAGGAAAAUUCAAGCUCUAGUGAUGAGGAUCGUAAGGUCCUUAACCAGAAACGCAUUGACGAAUGGAGAAUACAGCAGCUAUCCAGUGGCAUGGCAGAGAAGAAUGCCAACUUUGAAGCGCUACCAGAUGACUGGAGAAACAGAUUGAAAAGGCGGAAAAUGACUUCAAGCACGUGACCACUUAAUAUUUUGUACACUUGUAUAUUUCACAACUUAUACUGUAAAAAAAAAAUAAAAAAAAAUGCACCCUUCCUUUUUUCCUUCACCCCGGGGUUCUUGUGCUUGGACUAAAGAAACCUGGAGGCUUGUCAUUUCCAGAGGUUCUGCACAAUGUGGUUGUUCACGGUCACUUGUCUGGUCUUCUAGCCAAAUGAUUUAAGAUCCGAUACACAGCUGCCUUUUCCUUUUGUACAUGUCCCAAUGUAUUAUUUUCUUCUAUUUUGGUCGGGGGUUGUUUCUUAAUAUAUAAUUUAUUUCAUUAGUACUUUCCCACACAAAGGUACAUUCCUUCAUGAUACAGUAGACCGUGACUGCACCCAUUUGUUUUUUUUUUUUUUGUUUUUUUUAUUCAUUUUAUUUAUAUAUAAUAUUAGACAGACCAGCAACUGGUCAGGCAGAGGAUGUAUAAGCCCCCCCUAAUUAUUAUUUUCUCUUCUUUCUUAUAUUGUUUUGUUGCUGGAGGUGUUAGGAUGGUGGUUCUCAAACUCUGCCCUCAGGGAUCCACACAGUUCACGUUUUCCAGAUUACCUAGCAGUUGCACAGGUGUAUACAUUGCUCACUGAUACCUAUUAAAAGAUUCACAGGUGAAGCUGAUUUAUUUUGCUUGUAAUUCUGUGAGGAGACCUGGAAAAUGUGAACUGUUUGGGGUCCUAAGGACACAGUUUGAGAACCUGUGCGUUAAGAUAAUGUGGACUACUGUAAUGUGUCAAAUCUGAGCCGCCGCCUUCUACUGCUAGGACUGUAUUAGUGUGGUCUUACAGCGACAGUGAUUUUACAGCAAUAUGUCCAUAGCAUUUUGAGGGUGAAGCAAUAAAUUAUUUCCAGUUCACCAUGAGAUUUAGCAGAGGCCUCUUGGGGUUGGUAAGGACACACAUCACAAUUUGGAAGUUAUCGUGAGACUUUAGUCAAAGCAGUGACAUUGCUGAGGCACUUGGUGCUUACAAGAUGGCGACAUCAAAAAAAAUUUUUUUUUUUUUUUAAAGCUUUCAUGUUGCCUACAUUGAGUGGCAGCCACUGUUUUGUAGGCUGAACCAAAAAGUGCCUAUCCUCAGGGAUAUUGCCAUUUUCUAGCGAAAUGAUGGACGGUAUAUUGGUUCAGCUCACAACAUGGCUGCCUGCACGGUGUGGAGCUGACUAGUCUGCUUAAGUCCCUCUGACAACCACCUUGGUCGUUUUGCCAAUUUUCCAGAUGUGAGAAGCGUCAGUGCUCUUUGAGGCAGUAGGUUAGAAAGCACUAAAAUGACACCGACUUUUUCUAUCCUGCACCUUCCUAAAUUUCCUGCCAGUUCUAUAUCUAAUUUGUGUAGCAAACAGUCCUAAACGUGAACUGGUCAUUGCCAUGAGGAAGUAAAUAUUUUAAACUUCAUUAUUUUCCACUGUUCUCUGUAAAUGCUGUAAAUAUCAAUAAAAUGCAUUUUUACUGAC